GUAGUAGUGGUGGUGGUGGUAGUAUUCAUAGUACCAAUAGUAGACUUAAUAUAUACUCAGAGUAAUACAUGCUUAAAGGAAAACAAUAAAGUAUCUCCUAUACAAACAUAUUUGGUGUCUGAAAUUUGUAUCUUAAAUUAGUAGCUAACUCACAAUUUGUUUUCAUAAAUAUCUAAUUGAUAAUUGAUGUUCUUGUGGAUGUGGUAGUAGGACACAGUGUGAUGUGCUGCAAUCUAUAAACAUGAACAAAAGUUCCCAACAUCGCUUUAACGUGAAGGACAGCCAUGUUGGGCAAGCAGCCUUACUUUUGUGCUUUAGCACCAUGUGGCAUCAAUCCAAGCCUAUGAUGAUAAUAUAGUUAUAGUUCCACUCUGAACACUGACUGACUGUGAAAAUAACAAAAUCACUUAUUUUAGAUACGUACUAGUAUAUCAUCUAGUACAUCACACUCUUGUUUAGAAGUUUAGUUAUAAGUUUGUGUGAACAUUUUGAAACAGAUUUAACAUGCAGUAAAGACCAUCUUCGGAAACAAAAAUAAACCUGUCUAGUACCUUUUUUCCUGACAGUGUAUUUUAUGCCAGAGGACUGUAUUCCGGUCCUUUUCACAUGCAUCUCCUAAAGCCAUUGGUCAUUUCACUGUAAAAGAAGGAUACAGCAAUAUGAGAAUUGGUUGUCCAAUAGUGCUGUAUCAGCAGAUAUGCAAACGGAGCUCCACGCCGGGCAUUUGGCAGCACAGAGAUACUGCGGCAGCACGUGGGACAAGUGAUGCUUUUCACCCAGCUGCAAAUCUAAAACCAGGAAAUAGUCCUCUUUUUACAGCACAAGACAUGAUGUAGUCAAGUGAGGAAUUUGCUGCAUGCUGGAGUGAGAACGGCGGUGUGUAUGGAUUGUCUUUUUCUUCUACCCUAUGCUGUCUCUGUCCCUCUCUCGCUUGCUCUCUCUGCAGGACUAGGUGGCUAUGGAGCCUCUGAGCAUCCCUGUGGUGUUAGUUACCCUCAGCAGUUUCCUCAUCUCUCAGUGGAUAUUUCAUGUCGCAUGUCCAUGGCUGUCCGAUCGCCUCGUUCCAGCUUUCCUCAGGCUCACACACAUGCAGAGGACAGAGUGGAGCUCUAGGGCCGUCUCCACAAUCCAUGCUUUGGUCGUGGGACAUUUUUGUCUCUACAUAUUAAUUUUUGAUGAUGCUCUCAAGAAAGACCCAGUUUGGGGAGAUCCAACACUUGUGAAACUGAAUGUGGGCAUAACCACAGGCUACCUCAUCUCAGAUCUGCUGCUUAUGAUCUACUUCUGGGACUUCAUUGGAGAGAAGUAUUUUGUCAUACACCACCUCGCUGCCCUUAUUGCUUAUUAUUAUGUACUGAGUCAGGGAAUAUUGCCCUAUUUUGCUAAUUUCCGUCUGCUUGCUGAAUUUUCCACCCCCUUUGUGAACCAGAGGUGGUUUCUUCAGGUUCUGAGCUACCACAAGCUUUCCAAACCCAACCUUGUUAACGGAGUAGCCAUGGCGUCCUCCUUUUUCCUGGUGAGGAUCGCCGUCAUUCCAGUCUACUACAGCCAAAUGUACAGUGUGUACGGCACUGAGGCCUUUUACAGACUCACCCCAGCCGCUCGCAGUGCCUGGAUCCUUUGCAGCCUCUGCCUCGAUGUCAUGAAUGUCAUGUGGAUGCGUAAGAUCCUUCGGGGCUGCCUCAAAGUUCUACGCUCGAGCAGAUCCCAAAAACCAGUGAUGGAGAAGGAGAACCCGAAAAUCGACUGAGACUGAGAAAAUUAAGCCUAGUCAACUCUCAUCUUUAUAGACAGAUACUGUGAUAUUAAACACUACGCCUGUAGGACCAUGAGGGCGCAUGCUAGACAAUACGGGGUCUAUAAAUGGGGAUGCAUAAAGAGCAAAUAGUGACCUCGCUGUAAAUGUACAAUUACCGACUGUAGGCCGUGUGUCAACAUGAACAAAUUGUCAGUCCUCUGUUCCUGUACCAAUCAAUGGAAAGAGAAGACAAGACCUUACAUUUUUAUAGAGUUCUUUUACAAUUCUCUUGUUUAUGAUCCGAAUUGAAACUGUGAACCGAUUCCACAUGUCCGAUAUUUUCACUGCUAUUCAGCUGCUAUUUGAACUUUUUUGUCUUUUGAAAGUGACUGCACAGCACAGCACACAAGCAACCUUUCAAAAUCACACCUUACCCUUAGGAUUUGAUUUGAAAUUUAAUUUAAUUUAAUUUUAGAAUUUGAUUACAAAUGAAAUUUAAUUUUAGCCCAAAACUUUCCAAUCGUUUCUCUUUUCACACAAAGUUAGCUCACUUUAACUAAACGCUUUAAUGUAUGGAGCUUAACGUCUAAUGUUAGCGAAGUCAAACAUGAUAAUAGGUUUUAUUUCACAAUAAUAAACAUACAAAGUUGGAGUUGAGAUAGGAGGAAGGGGCGGGGCUUCCCGAUCGUGUCAGUCAAUAUAUAAGUGUUCAAACAAGAAACAAAGAAUUUUGAUAUCAUUUUUGAAAGACAACUUGUUCCAGAGUACACUGAGAUUUAAAAUGCGAAGCUACUUUUCAUUGAUUAAUGGAGUAAAGGAGGACUGACAGCUUGUGUAUAUCAAGUUACGAUCUUACUUAAUAAAUUGUAAUCUUCAAAGUGACCUAUAUUUUAUGGUAGAUAGAAAUUAUUACAAUUAGAGCAGGUAGCACAUGAUCAGAGCACCUACUUUACCUGCACCUGCAAACGGGUUCAAAAUGUACUAUAAAUGAACUCUUCACAGAUUAACCCAACGACGGAGGAUAAAAAUCCGGACAAUCAAAACCGAAGAUGCUAAGCUGCUAUGAUGCGAAACCAAAUUUGCCUUUAUUUUAUCGGAUGCAAUAAAGUCAGCACAACAUCAGCACAGUUUAAUGUAAAAGAAUUAACGAGUCCAUAGCUUGUGACUGGAGCAAAAUGGAUGCCGUGACUUACUGUAUAUGUAAUACAUACAAGAAGGGACCAUGCAUGCCUAUAAAAUGAUUUUAAUUCUCUGGAUGAAUGUAAGUACACAAACCCACUUGAAGCAACCUGUAUAAAAACCGUCUACUCCAGAAUAUCAUGUGAAUUGUAAUUUGAAGUAUUAUUAAUGAAUGAGUUAAAACACUAGGUUCAUGUUUUAUCAUUCAUUCAUUCAUUUUCUACCGCUUAUCCGAACUUCUCGGGUCACGGGGAUCUCAGGCGUCAUCGGGCAUCAAGGCAGGAUACAACAAGGAUGCCAAUCAACCUACCAUGCAUGUCUUUGGACCAGGGGAGGAAACCGGAGUACCCGGAGGAAACCCCCGAGGCACGGGGAGAACAUGCAAACUCCACACACACAAGGCAGAGGCAAGAAUUGAACCCCCAACCCUUCAACGUGCUAACCUCUAAGCCACCGUGCCCCCCCUCAUGUUUUUAUCAGCUAUGUGAUAUUUCUGACCAUAACUAUUAAUGUAUAAAUAAUUGACUUUGUGUAUUUGCUUAAUGAAGUCUAGGUGGUAUUAUGGAAUGUUAAAAACAAAAACAGCAUCAUCAUUAUUAAUGAGGGGAAAAAGAAAAUACGUUAAAUAACAUUAUAGAGUUGCUGAAAUUGGCAGGAAAUUUGUACGCACUUCUUUUAAACCAUUGUUUAUAAUCAGUUAUAUAUCAUUUGAAAACGUAUUUAUUCUCCAAGGCAAUUAUCUUUUUUACGUUUUCCAAUUGCCUUAUUUAAUCAGUUUGAUCUAUUAAUUGUGUUGUUUUUAUUAAUUUUUUUUAUCUUUUUUUUGCUGUUGUUUUUGCUGUGCUACAGAAAUGAUGCCGAAGUAACUUGAUUUUUUCUCCACUUCAGACACAAACGUAUUAACAGCAGAUAUGUUAAUCCCUUUCCACUGCUUCUCUCUUUGUACCCAUCCCGAGGCAUCCAGACAUUGUACCAGCCCCCAACGUCCUCUGUGGGACGUAGCCUUUGGAUGUCCACUGAGCCGAG